GGAUGAGCACAGCGGUGACCCCUACCACAGCGGCUAUGACAUGCCCUACAGCGGGGGGGGCGCCGGCCCCACCUACGGCCCCCCCCAGCCCUGGGGGCACCCCGAAAUGCACGUCAUGCAGCACCACAUCCUCCCCAUCCAGGCCAGACUGGGGAACAUCGCGGAGGUGGACCUGGGGAUGGCUCCCCCGGUGAUGAAGAGCUUCAAGGAGUUCCUGCUCUCGCUGGACGAUGCGGUGGACGAGACGGAGGCCGUUAAGCGUUAUAACGACUACAAGCUGGAUUUCCGCCGUCAGCAGAUGCAGGAUUUCUUCCUGGCUCACAAAGACGAGGAGUG